AUGGCUGCUGUUGCUAGCAUCGAGCCAAGUGGCUCAGAAAGCAAUGCUCCCGAAGCCCAGAUCCACUGGGUAUCACCACUCGAACCGAUCGAAGCGCAAACAAUAGCACUACCGGCACCAGACCAAGUCGGCAUCACCGUCAUUCAACCUCUGAUGGUGUGCUUCAAGACAACAGAGCACUACCGAGAAGAUCAAUUCAUCGAGUCUGUGAAAAAGGCGGCUUCCGGUUGCAUUUGGGAGAUUCCCGCUCUGGCGGGCAGCGUGGUUUGGGAGGAUGAGUCCAGGCACAGGACCAAGGUCGACAUUCCUCAUGACGCCAAGGUGCAAGUCAAAAUCAACUACUUGCCUCAGAAAAACGCCGAAGAGCUGGACCGCCAACAUUGGCCACCGCGAACAUUUCCGCACGCAGAGGUUUGCUUGUCCCCUCGACCGACUUAUGGGAUUGGAAGCUACAAUUUCGGCGUACAAGCGAACAUUAUACAGGGAGGUGUGAUUUUGGUGUUGCACAUGAAUCAUACCAUCUUGGAUGGUUCGGCUCAGGCGAUUGUGGAGGAGAUCUUUGCACACCAUCUGUCAAGAGCCAUGGAUGGCGAGGCCCCGAUUGCAUCAGGGCUCGUGCCCCCUGAGGCUUUGGACAAAUCCAGAGCGUACGGCACUCAUCCAGCGAAACCGAUUCUUGAAUGGAAAGACUGGCGACUGGCAACAGAGAACACCAUGUCCGAGGAGGCACAAACCGCAGCUCUCCUGGACCGCAUGGCGAAGCUCACAUUGACUGUGUGGUAUAUCUCUCCGGCUAGAUUGGCCAAACUCCGCGCAGCAAUGCAAGAUCCAAGCCAACCGAAAAUGUCACUGGCAACUUGUCUCACCAUCUGGCUCUGGGCUGCCACCUCUCGAGCAAGAGGCCAUAGCCCAGACACCGAGACAAGGAUGCUCAUGCCGGUCCAAACCCGCGUACGGGUACCCGAUAUGCACGAAAACCACUCCGGCUCUGCCCUGGUCUACGGACGUACGAAGGCGACUCUGGGCGAGCUGAACACUCUCCGCCCACAUGCCAUCGGCGAGCGCAUCGCCAAUAGCAUCGCCUUCUGGACGCCCGAACGCAUCCGCGAAUACUGGGGCUCCAUCGAAGACUGCGACGACGUCGCCAAGUACCACUCCAACACCAACCGCGAAUUCGGUACCGAUCUCGAAUUCACCCACAUGUCCAAUUUCAAGUUCUACGGCAUCCCGUGGGGCAGAGGGCUACAGGUGCGGGCGUACCGAUUACCCGGCAUCGCCUUCACCGAUGGCUGGACCGUCUUCUUGCCCAAGCAGGUCGACGAUGGGAGGGAGUUGAUGAUCUACCUCUCGCGGGACACGCUCGGCAGGUUGAUGAAGGAUGCGUCUUUCCGGGAGUAUGCGGAGUACUGGUCUUCGUUGGAUCCGAGUAUUGAUAGACAGGCUGCGGAGACGGCGACGGCGUGGACUAGGCCUGGGCUGUAG